AUAUUUAAAAAUCUAUGGUAUAGAAGACAAGUUUUUUGUCAUUAAUUUUUUGUAUGGAUGCCUCAAUAAUUUUUUGUCCUAUGUUUUUUGUCUUUUAUCAGAAAACAGUUUCCCACAUAGAGAAAGUUAAUAGGUGGUUAAAAGUUUAGUUGGUUGGUUUAUUUGAAGGUAUUAGUGGUUUGUUUAAAGCGGUUACACAAGUUUUCUCAGUACAAUGUCUGGAAACAAUAAUCAAACUACAUGGUUAGAAGAUAUGUUUAAAGAUGGUCAGUGUGUUAUAACAGUAAUUCGUGAGGGCGAAACAAAAGUAGCGGUAUGCGAAAAAGACCAGUCUUGCGAUCCGAAAGAUUUAGAUGGUUUAGACUGGAAAACUUUACCCCAAGAUGAUCCGGAAGAUGAAGAUCCUCCUGCUUCUGGAUCUGGCGUAUAUAAAGAACCGUUUAAAGAAGUGGUCUACAGUAGGCUGCAAUACCAUAUCGGAUUCUAUUUUAUUAAAGACUUACACGAUAUGAAGAAGGCAAAUUCUUACAGUGAAAAAUUUAUAUCCAAUGGCGUGCCAUUUUCUAGAGUCAUUCUAUCUGCACGCAUCCAGGUGGUUGAGAAGAGAGACGAGGACGAUGACCAUUAUAGACUGGCUGUACAUGACGGUACUGCCAGUAUUCUUUGUGUGGUUAACUUGCCCACCAAAGCUCCCAAAACAUUCAAGUAUAGGGAUGUCGUUUUUGGUCUAGAAAACAACCGGGAGGUACCGAUAUACUUCGACAAAUCGUCCGUGGGAAGAUAUGUUAAGAUAAUUGGACAUCUUAAAGAAUUCCUGGGUAAAAAGUUUAUUUAUUGUUAUAACAUCAGAUGGGUUACUGUAGAGUUCCAUAAGAAGUUCGCAGAGCAUAUUGCAGCCUCGUAUGUCUACAAAAAGAAUUUUGCUACGUAUUAAACAAAUGUAAUGUCUAAUUAAUGUAAUCUGUAAUGUGCAAUAAAGUAAAUGUUAACAGUUUUA